AUAUGACCCUCUGGCUGUUUCCUUGUUUGUAACAUCAUGGCUUUUCAGCUCUGUGGGUUCAAAUUCGCUUCGUUACUCCUGUUGUGUCUCUUUGCUUUUGGAGAGGGGAGAUACAAGAGUUUUGUAAGGUUUAAUAAGGUGCAAAAUACCAACCGGAAAGUUGUGUUUGAGGAGCAGUGGUUCAUUCAGAGACUGGACCACUUCAAUGGUGAAGACAGCAGAGUGUGGAAGCAGAGGUACUUUGUAAAUGAGGCCUUCUACAAACCAGGGGGUCCAGUAUUUCUCAUGAUAGGUGGAGAGGGUCCAGCAAACCCAGGAUGGAUGCAGGAAGGCUCCUGGAUCACCUACGCAGAGAAACUGGGGGCGCUUUGCCUAAUGCUGGAGCAUCGCUUCUACGGAAAGAGUCACCCGACAGAUGACCUCAGCACAGACAAUCUGCGUUACCUCAGCAGUCGUCAGGCGUUGGCUGACUUGGCUCACUUUCGCACUGUGAUUGCCGAGAAUCGAGGCCUGACCAACAGGAAGUGGGUGGCGUUCGGGGGGUCGUACCCGGGCUCUCUCGCCGCUUGGUUCAGGCUGAAAUACCCUCACCUUGUCCACGCUGCUGCGGCUACAAGUGCACCUGUUUACGCCAAGGUCAACUUCCCAGAGUAUUUAGAGGUUGUGUGGCGUUCGCUGGCCUCAGAGAAUCCAGAGUGCCCCCUACUGGUGAAGAAGGCUGCAGACAUCCUUGCAGAACGGCUGAACGACCCCAAGACCUACGACAACAUCACUAAAGACUUCAACUUGUGUUCCAAACUGCAGAUCCAGACGCAAACUGACUCAGCCUAUUUCCUGGAAACACUUGCUGGCAAUUUCAUGGAUGUGGUCCAGUACAAUGAAGACAACAGGGGAUUUGAGGGUGCGAUAGGCACCAACAUCACCAUCAAAGUGCUGUGCGACGUGAUGGCUGACGCCUCGCUGGGGGACCCGUAUUACCGCUACGCUGCUGUGGCCAAGCUCAUGAUGGAGACCUUCUCCAUCAAAUGCCUGGAGGCGGGCUUCAGUGCGUACGUCAGGGACAUGACUAACACGUCGUGGAAGGGCCCAGCAGCUGGAGGAGGGCGACAGUGGGUCUAUCAGACCUGCACGGAGUUUGGAUUCUACCAGAGCACAGAUUCACCCAACCAACCCUUCACAGGCUUCCCUCUUCCAUAUCAUGUACAACAGUGUGCAGACUUCUACAAUAUCAGCGCUGAGGAACUAGACCAGACUGUGGCUGAGACCAAUGAGUAUUAUGGCGGCUACAACAUCCGCUCCUCAAGAAUAGUUUUCCCAAACGGAUCCAUUGACCCGUGGCACGCCUUAGGAAUCACCCGGGACAUCACAUCUGACCUCCCAGCCGUUUUCAUCAAAGGAACAGCCCACUGCGCCAACAUGUACCCAGCUCGAAGUGAGGACCUGCCCCAGCUGACUAUGGCCCGUGACCACAUCUUCUUGCUCCUUCAGCAGUGGUUGAAGGAGUGAAGCCAGUCAGUGAAUUUCAAAACGAAAUUACUGAUUUUCAAGAUCAUUUAAAUACUGCCACAGAACACAGAUCAGUAUGUGUGAUCAGGUGGAGCCAAAGCAUUUUUUAAAGGAAUUUGUGUUGAUUUUUCUGUGCAGAUUAAUCUAAUGAAACUAAAUGCUUGUUAACUUUAUUACAUUUUCUUCUGUAUAAGAAACUGGGUAGAUUAAAAAUGACAUGAAUUAUUUUUAAAGCAAAGUAUAUUUGGUAACUGAUGAGAAACAUGACAUUCAGUGACCCUGUAAUAAAUCAGGUUUGAACCAGUAACAUGGAACUAAAGAAGAGGUGAAAAAACAAGUUCAGUCUUGAUUUGUGAUAAGCCUGUACUUGAAUAGUUGUCUUGGCUUCUCAGCCUGAGCGGAACAACAACUCUUCAGAAAUGUUUAACGAAACCACCAUUUCUUUACACCAAACCCGCCUGAAAUUGUGUUUUGAAUGCGGAUGGCAAGAAUCUCUUGCAAUGAUGAAGAUGAAUUGAGGUUAAUGCAGCGUCUGCAACAGAAAAACAAGUUGCCUCGCACAGCAUGGUUACAGCACACAGCUGUGUUCGAAACACACGCUCGACCUUCCUCUGUCUAUGCUGUUCAAAAUAGCCCUAUCUCUGCAGCCCAGCUGGUCACGUCCCAACACAUUUUAAGCACAAAACACACAGAUGAGAGCAAAAUGAGCAACAUCUGCACGGAAUGCAGUCCUGCCAUUGUUGUUCCAUUCCCUGACACUGUAUCCUUAUAUCCUCCAACUCGAUAAGAGUAGGUUUAGCCUGUUUAUGCAGGAGAGUAACACAAAACACAGACAACACAACAUCCAACAUAAGAUGUGUUUUAAGAUUGUAAAUACAGUAUUUACUUGCAAGUCUUUAUCUUUAUCUCUAUCUUGUUCGUCCCGAAGAUGAAACAUUCGUAACGACAGCAGACAAUCCAGCCUUAAACAUUUAAGAUGGGUUCAAUAAUAACUGCAUGUACACUUACAUUUAAUUCAUGGUAACUCAAUGCCUCAAAUACUCAAUUUGAGUAAAAGGGGCUUCCUCCUAAUCCUCUCUUGGCAACAGCAAGGAUGUAAGUGAGUCUCUGCGACUUCUCAGGUGUGUGUUUGUGUGUCGCCACCCAACUGUGAUCCCAGUGAAGUCAGAUGUGAGCAGGCUCAAAACAUAGAAAUGCUCCUUUGCUUUUAUCACUCAGUUGUUUUAAUUCAAUUACAAGCUCAGGACGAGACAAUGCUGAUCUUUUCUAUGACAUCAAAAUAUUCUGCAUGUUACAAUCCCUUUUAUAAAUAAAACUGAAGCAACACAAGGUGAA